UCCUUCCCUUCUGUCUCCGUUUGCGCUCUUUCUUCUCUCCUGUUCUUUCUCUCCCUGCCCACCCCACCCUUCCUCCAGAUCUGGCGAUUCCUGCCCUCUCCUCGCCCUGUCAUUGAUGGGAAAUCAACUGGAUCGCAUCACCCACCUGAAUUACAGCGAGCUGCCGACCGGGGACCCUUCGGGGAUCGAGAAGGACGAGCUGCGCGUCGGGGUCGCUUACUUCUUCUCGGAUGAGGAGGAGGACCUGGAUGAGCGAGGCCAGCCAGACAAGUACGGUGUGAAGGGCUCCGGCAGCCCUGGCCAGGAGACGCCCACCCACCACCUCCACCACCAGCUGGUGCUGAACGAGACCCAGUUCUCCGCUUUCCACGGCCAGGAAUGCAUCUUCUCCAAGGUCAGCAGCGGCCCCCAGGCUGGGGACCUCAGCGUCUAUUCGGUGUCAGCACUGCCUGCCCUCUGCAAGCCGGGAGACCUGCUGGUGAUGCUCUACCUGGGGCCGUCGGAGCCCCCGCCGCCGCACUGGGCCGUGUAUGUGGGCGGUGGGCAGAUCAUCCACCUGCACCAGGGGCAGAUCCGCCAGGACAGCUUGUACGAAGCGCCCGCGGGCAACGUGGGCCGCGUGGUGAAUAGCUGGUACCGCUUCCGCCCGCUGGUGGCCGAGCUGGUGGUGCAAAACGCCUGCGGGCACCUGGGCUUAAAAAGCGACGAGAUCUGCUGGACUAACUCGGAGAGCUUCGCCGCGUGGUGCCGCUUCGGGAAACGGGAGUUCAAAGCCGGGGGGGAGCUGCAGGCAGCUGCCGGCACCCAGCCCCAGCAGCAGUACUAUCUCAAGAUCCACUUGGCCGAGAACAAGGUGCACACAGUGAGAUUCCACAGCCUGGAGGACCUAAUACGGGAGAAGCGCAGGAUCGAUGCCAGUGGCAAACUGAGGGUGAUCCAGGACUUGGCCAUAGUGGACGGGAAAGAGGAGCGGGCGGCAGGGCUCCGGGGCUACGUUCCUCCUCCCCUGCGCGGGGAGGCCAGCCUGCCACAGGGACAGGAGGCUGCACCUUCUUUCCGUGGGACACGACUGGAAGCAGGAUCCAUGGCAACAUUCCAAAAACCAGCAUUCCUUACACCCAUAGCCAGUGUUUUGUUUGGCUUUUAAUAGCAUUAAUGCUGAGAGGAAAGAGGAAGAAAAGAGGGGGGAGGUGCACUAGAGCGUUCUGCGAGUACGUGGACAAAGUCUCUCCUGUCGAUCGAUGUUGACCAUUCUAGCAACACGCUGAAUAAAAUUUCAAAUUGAAAUUUUUUAUUUUUAUUUUUAUCUCAUGGCUUUAAUCCAUGAUAAGUUUUUGAACAUGGGGGACCAUGGAUGUGGAUUUAGCUAAAUGAGUUUUUAGCUAACAUUUGCCUUGCAGCUAACGAAAAGCAUCAGUCAUACUCUGCUAUCUGGGAGCAGGGGGAAAGGGGAGUGAGGGGGGGAGCAAAUGCCUAUUUGUUUUGUUCCUCAACACUGUUGCUUCAGCUUGUAGCUGCAACCCAAAUUUUGUCCCAGCCAACUCUAGUAAGAUAUUAAUAGGGGAAGAUGCUCUCACAUUUCUGGUUGAAACUGCUUAUAU